CAGAUCAUUCAUUCACAUAUGAGCAGCCGAGUUAGAAAGCAACAUCAUUGUAUCAACAACGCAAACAAAGCGAAAUGCCUGUCUGAGCGCCACGUUAGCAUCGCGAACAAAGCUCUUCACGACUUGUCCUUUGUUUAUAUUUGACGUACAUCAGUUGCUCCCUUCCUUUCCACUAUCCGCUCGAUCACCGCGAACAUACCCAUCAACACUUUUCCAGUAGUACUGCAUACUGUCAUCAACCACGCAAUCGACAAUACCAUGUAUUUCCUAGCCUUUAUGAUAACCUUUUCCCUGGCGGGCUUUGCAACUGCCGCCUCCCCAACCUGGAGUACCUACCAACCCGGAACCUUCUCCUCAGUCGACAUCCGUAUCAACGAAGAAAUCGGAGAAGGCUCCGCCGCCACCAUUUCCCUCCCCGUCCCGCUCUUCCCCCGAGAAGAGAAAAAGGGUCCCCAAUGGGGCGGGCACUUCGCCUGCCACGACGCCAACUUCACAGGUGCCUGCCACUACUACGUCGAGAAGCGGGGUGCAUGCCACGAGUACGAAAAGGAGAAUUGGGAGAAGUAUACGUCCAUUGGGCCUGAUAAGGGGCAGUGGUGUUAUUUUUAUGAGGGGGAGCAGUGCCUUGGGGACCAUGUGGAGUUGCGCCAUCCUGGGAGUAGGAAUUUGAGGAGGAAAAGGUUUGAUAAUAGGGUCAAGAGUUGGAAUUGUUGGAAGGAUGAGUAGGAGUGGAGAGAGAUACAUAGGUAGUGUCCUCGGCUCUUCGUUCCUCU